AUGCCACUAUCAGGUGAUAUAAAAAGUAUGAUGGCAAUAUCAAGUGAAUCAAAUAAUGAAAAAAAUUCAAAAGAAAUUAAUAAUAAUAAACCUAUUGAAAGUAUAAGUAGAACAAUAAGUGGAGAAACAAAAGAUGUUAAAGAUUAUGAAGAAUAUUUUGAUAGAAAUCCUGACACUUAUUUAGAUGAUCUUGAUAAAAAUACUAAUGAUACCAAUAUACCAAAUACAAAUGAUACUUUAUUAUUUUUUCCAAUAAAAACACGAAUAUUUAUUGAUAAAAUGUUACCUAUUUUUGAUGGAUCAACAGACAAAAAAGAGAAAUACUAUCAAAUUGAAAAUGAACGGUUUGCUAAUCAAGGAGCCACCAGAGAUGAUUUUAGUAAGACUAAUAAUAACACAUCAAAUAUAUUUUAA